CCACAGAGCCACAGACGCUAACUUACAUCCUCUCUAGCGAACCUUUUUCCAAAUAACUACCGCCAACAUGACCCAAUCCAAGGCCGACAAGAUCAGCGAGGUCCAGUCCAACCUCCCCCUCCCCGAGCAGCCCCCCGUCGCCUCCGACUGGAACUCUGCGGACGCCACAAAGGUCAACGUCGGCAGCGGCGGUGACGCCGAGACCGCCGUCGGCACGGGCACCGGCGCCACCUCCGGCCUGAGAGGUCCCGCCUCCAAAGCCAGUGAGGACCUUAGCAACGUCGGUCGUCAGGCUACUGAGGGCUUGAGCGGCGUUCCCAAGGAUGCUGCGAAAUAAACGGAUUUUUAAGGGUUUUGUUAAGCGAUGGAUAUACCAAAGGUUGUGGCUGGAUGGAUGGGACACGCCUUGUAUGACUACUUAGAGAGUACGGCAUGAUAUGAGUAAAUGACAUCGGCAUGGUUUGCCUUUACCAACAAAACUUGUCCAGUGAUGGCUAGAGAUCGGCGUGAUUAUACUGCUCACAUCGCC